CGGUUAAAAAUGAGGGGUUGAGAGCAUGGCGCAUGUCAUUCGUCUGCUACGAUCAGCACGUCAGUGGUCAGUAAAGGGGGUGUCAAUAGCCCCACAAUCGUUGAAAUGGAGAGCAAAAAAUCCACGUAUUUUACAACAAACGCGCAAUAAACUUUGAAAAGGUGAACCAACUAGACGAUACCCGUAUAUAAACGAUGGCGGAAUUAACGGGACCGAUACUUCACGUUAUUGUUGUCGGAUUUCACCACAAGAAAGGAUGUCAGGUCGAAUACUCAUACCCACCGCUAGUUCCUGAUGCACCCAACGAGUGUCCCACUGGCUGGAAGUACUUACCAACUCUAGCUCUACCUGAUGGCUCUCAUAACUAUGACGAAGAUACGGUUUAUUUCCAUCUACCUAGCCUUAGCGAUCCGAAACGCACAAUUUAUGGGGUAUCCUGUUUUAGACAGAUACCAGUUGAGAAAUUGAAGAACCGUACUUCAGAUAUAACCAGAGGAACAGUUCAGAAGUCUGUCUGUGUUUUGAGCACAUUGCCAUUGUACGGCCACAUCCAAGUAAAAAUGGCUUUAAUAACGCACGCCUAUUUUGACGAAGGAGAUUUUAGCAAGGUGUCACUUCUUGAAGAUACAUAUCGGCAUCUCAAUUCUUGUAUGAGCACCGAAAGUCGGAUUCCACCCCAGGUUUUUGUUGGAUUGUCUGCUCGGGAUUUCAUACUACAUUUUCGCCAUAAGGCUCUGUUGCUGUUCAAGCUACUCUUGUUGGAGAGAAAAAUCGUAUUUUAUCAGUCUCCUGUACAGCCGCUUUGCACAGCUAUACUGACUCUGUUGUCGCUGCACCCUGGUAUGAUUGAGCAAGGACUGCACCAGGCUGCAUGUGUCAGACCCUCUAGACCUAUGUCUCCGAUUCCAAACUUUGACCAAGAAGACAGUCCUGUACACAAUUUGGAUUCAAAUUUACGUCAAAAAGAAGCCGACGUUACCAAAGAUUGUGCAGAGAGGGAGGACGAAGUGGAAAAUGUAUCGAUAUGUAUGAGCGAUAAUAAGACAAUUGAAACAAUGGAAGGAAAGUGUAUGGACGAGAGAAUAACUGUUCCACCAUUGGACAAGAAUUAUAUAAAUGAAAAUAUUGAUGCUAAAAUCAUUCCAAUGGUUGAAACAAAAGAUUGUAACGAGUCAGUGGCCGACGAAAUAGAUUUCAAAGACUUCCCCAAGCCAAAUGAAAGUGUUCACAAAGUUCAUAGUAUAAAUACAAUUACGUUAGGUACGGGUGAACUUGGCAACAGUCUUCCUCGUGAUACAAGCAGUGACGCGUUAUCCGAUGCGCGGAUUACCAACAACAUAACUCAAAUUGCUCAUGUCAAUCCUGAACUCUGUGGUCUACCUCUUGGCCUCUUUUCAAAAGGCUACUUGUGUCUGCCGUACUUGUCACUACCAUACCUCGACUUGCUGGGCGAUGUUAAUGUCAGGGGCUACAUAGUCGGAGCUACAAACGUGUUGUUCAAGCAGAAAAAACAGUUAAUCGAUGUUUUGGUCGAGGUUGAGACAGCACGGAUCGAGGCUACUGAUCCAGAGUUGAGACGGCAGCUACAUUUGACGACUGAAGACUUGAGAUUUGCUGACUAUGUCGUGAGGCAUGUGGCUGAGCCACGCAAGGACGUUUUCUUCGAUGGUGUGGGCUGGGAAGGUGGUGAUGAAUGGAUUAGAACGCAGUUCCGUGUGUACCUACUAAGCUUGUUGCGAACUUCGUUACAACAGGAUACCCGCCAGUCGGAUCAUUUCAAUUCCGCAUUCGUAUCCGCUUGGAAAAAUACUCACAAUUACAAAAUAUGGAGCAGCAACGAAAAGCCUGAAAUAAACAGCAUUGACUCUGGUCAUCCAUUUGCAGGACAGCUUUCAGUUCAGGAUAUGAAACUGCGUCUUUCGCACACAAUGCAAAACACGGAAAGCGGCAGAAAACUUAAUCAAGCGAUGGCUUCGACCGGCAGAGCAGUAGCUACAACUGGAAAAGCAGUGGGUGGCGCAAUUUCACAAGCUAAAGGUGCGUUUUCUAACUGGUGGAGUAUUUUAACCACGGUCCAAGUUACUGAUUCAGAAACGAGAAACGAAGAAGCUACACUAGAAUGCGAAGAAAUUGUUCAAAAUUUAGCAAAUGAAUCUAGCGUUGGGUUGGAAUCUCCUGACUUACCACCAAGUCAAGUAGACACAUCUGUUGCUACACAAUAAUCAGAAAUAUCGUUGUACCAAUUUCAUUAUCAUCCUAAUUAGAAAAAUCAAAGCUGUUGACUUAAUGUAGGAAUUGCAUCUUAUUCUUAUUAAGAAUCACUGCCUAAUGUAACCGUUAGUUUCUUCAUUUUUUAUUCUCCAGGCAUCUCAUUCACUGCGAGUCACAGUUAAAUUUGUCACGUGUGUGUAUUGGAUGCAAGAAAAAAAAUUAUUGUAAUUUUGGUCGCCUUUUACUUUAUUACCAUCAUUCAUAAGUGAAGGUAUAUUUUUUUUUUUUCGGUCUAGCUCUAUGCGAGUCACAGCUUUGAUUUGCACAAUUCACUUUGUAUGCAUGCACUUCAUGUAGAUGUGUACAUUAUGUAGAAGUAGAAAAAGCCCAUGUAUUCUUUGGAAUAUCAAGACGUUGCUCCAAACUCCGAGCGGCGUAAAAAUGUGUGAAACAGCGAUUCGUUCAAUAAUGUUUGAAAAUCAAUUCCCAAUGUUAUCUAGCUUUACCGCCACUAUACCUAUACACAAUUUGUCUUGUCUCUCUAGAAACACUACAAUUCUAAAAGAGUAUUUGUGCUGUCAAUGGUUUCUUAAUCAACUUUGAGUUGAAGAUAAUCCCCCAUUAUGCAAAAAAAUCCCGAUUUGCACAUGUUUAAUAAAUUUUAAAGCAUGGUUUUUGUUGUACCGUUUCGAAAUGCCAUUGAACUUGGAGCAUAGAUUAUUAUUUAUUUUAGAUCGUACGAAACCAGGGUCGUUUUUGAUAUCACAGUAAUCAUUUAUAUAAUAAUUAUUAUAUAUA